AUGGAGAAAAAAAUUAAACCAAUCUUAUUUAUUAAAUUUACUUUAUUUGUACUUUUAGCUUGGAUAUGUUACUUCACGAAUAAUGCGAAUAUAUUUAGUAAAUUUUUUGAUGAAAACUACAAGGUUGUUAGAAAAUUAGAUACAAAUAUUUAUCGAUCACUAGCAAAAUAUAAGCAGUAUAAGGAUUUAAAUAAUAUAGGAUUAAAAAAUGGUAUGCAAAAUAAUGGAGAUUUCAUAAAUGAAAAUAUAUAUAGUUGUGAAAAAUUAGCCAAGAAUAAAAGUAACUUAUCUAAUGAUAGUCCAUCAAAAAAUUCAAGAGGACAUAAACAAGAUAAGAAAAAUAAAUCUUGUGUAUUUGAAACCAAAAAAUAUUCCAAUUUAGAAAAAAAUAUAUUCAAAGAACUAGAUUAUAUGGAUAGGACAAUUAGUAAUAAAAAUUAUAGAAAAAUAAUAUGUAAAAAGUACGGAUUAAGAUUCGCUUUACCUGUAUUAAUAUUGUUGUUAUUACUGACAGUAUUCAUUGUAGAUUUGACUUUGGGUAUAGUGCAAGAACAAAGCUUAUGGGCGCUAAUAGGAUUCGAUAAGCCCAAUUAGAAAAAUUAGUUAAACCGCUUUUAUUUUAACUCCAUUGUCAAAAUUAGGUGGGUUUUUCAAGCACAGUACAUGGGGGGGGAUGGUCAAUGUUCUUCUUGCAAAGCAUGCUGCUCUGCUAGUCUUAGUGAAGCUGAGAAGGCAUUAAUAGUUAGUAAAGAAUGCAUAUUGGGACAAUUAUUUGGAUAUUUGGUAUAUGUGAUACCUUUCCUCAUAUUGGGUAUCGCAGUUAUAUCAAAGGUUAUUUAUUACCAUAAAAAAGUUAAAAAAUAUGAAAAAAUUAAAUUCAGGAAAAGGUAA